AAAUGGGUGGAUGACAGGCUGAGAUGGUCAAAGGCCAAGUACCCGGAUGUGGCCCACGUCUAUUGCCCUUCGUCUGAGAUUUGGACUCCCCAACUGUUCAUUGUUAAUUCUCAACAAGAGGUAUCUAUUUUGGAAGAUGAGCAUGUAUUGUUGAGCGUACGUAGAGACGGUUUGGUGGAGUGGAAGUUGCCGCGUAUAUUCAGCACGUUUUGCGUCGUCGAUGUCACAUACUACCCGUUUGAUACUCAGAAAUGUGUCAUAGAAGUUUCUAGCUGGGUAUACACAAUUCAAAAGCUAGUCUUAUUACCUGCAAAGAGCAGUGCCAACUACGAGGAUAUACGGUCAGUUUUGAGAUCUUUGGCGAACAAUUUUUUACUGCAUUGAUUUGUCGAUUGCAAUUUUGUACACUGAGUGAAUUUCAACGAAGCUUAUGUCACUUCAUUUUGAUUUGACAGACCGCAUGGAGAGUGGUCGCUGAUUUCAUCCUCUGUUUUUACAGAGGAAUUGCAUGAGAGUAGAGAAGAUGGCGUUGUUGAAACUUACUCACAACUAGAUAUUUUUGUUGAAAUGGAACGGAAGUCGUCCUACUAUGUGACCAGUGUGUUACUUCCUAUUGUACUGACGUCCUUCUUGAGCUUAUUUGUUUUUUUAUUACCAGUUGAAUCAGGGGAAAAGGUUGGUUUCAUCCUCACAGUGCUUUUGGCUCUUGAAGUACUGUUGACCUUGGUCAGCGACCAGGUGCCCUCAACCUCCAUCAAUACCAGCAUUUUGUCUGUUCAUCUGGCGUUCAUGAUAUGUUUUGGAGUAGUAUGUUGUUUGCUGACAGUGAUGGUACUUAUAAUAUACGAACGAGACCCAGCAAUACCCAUCUCUACACAAUGGAAAUGGCUGUACAGAAAGGUCCUGGUGCCUUCAUCGUGUUGGAGCCUGUGCUCUUCUCGGGCUAAUAAAAGGAAGAUCAAUGUCAAAUCUAAUAGACAUGUUGGGACUUUGAGUGAUGGUGACACAGACAGUAUAGAAGGCAAGGGCGUCUCCAAUGAUAUAAGUUGGAGGGAUAUUGGUGCUGUGUUGGAUCACUUUUUUUUAGUUUCUAUGGGAACACUGAUCACGGUUUUCACUACUGGUUCAUUGAUUGCUCUCACAACUGGAACAAGUGAUUUUCAGGGGCACGUGCAUCAUUAAUGUUGUAUUUUAACUACAAACUAUAAAAUACAUUAUUCAAAUCACAAGGCAUGAUCAGACCGCCGAAAAGACCCGCACAGUGGCAAACCUAUGGACAACAA